CGACAUGAGCGUGCCGUUGCUUCUCACACAACACAACUUUUCGUCGGCUCUACACGCGCACUCGCCGCUCCUCGUCCUCUACCUGGCCGCCGGCUCGCUCCCGCCAGAGCCGCCAGGCGCUUUGGCGGCCGCGGCGCAGCUCCUGGGCCAUGGCAGCGGGGCCGUGGCGCUGUGCGACGACGAGGUGCUCGCAAGCUCCGCGGGCGUCGUUGCACUGCCAGCGCUGCGGCUGCACCACCACGCCGUGGACGGCGCGGAGGUGUACAAGGGCAACUUUGUCGCGUGGGAGAUGGCGGCAUUUGUGAGGCGGCACGCGCGAAGCGAGCCGCAGGAGGUCAACACCGGGCGCGAGCUGGCGGCGGAGGCGGAGGCCGCGGAGGGCGGCGCGCUCGUCCUCUUCUCGUCCGACUCGUCCGAUGCGCCCGCAGCGCGCCGCGCUCUCGCCGCGCUCGCUGCGGACGGUGCUCUGCGCCGAACCGGCUUCAUUGUUGCUCCCGCGGGCCUCUUCUCGAGGUGGUGCCCGCCGCCGCUCGACAGCGAUGCGGGCCCGUGCGAGCCGACGGCGGAGGACGAGCGCCUGCACGCCGCCGCCUCCCUCCCGCCCACGCGCGCCGGCCCACGGCCCUCGCCCUCCUCCGCACGCGUCGUGCUGCUGCGGAGGGGCGAGGCUGUCGGGUUCGAGGGAGACGUGCGAGACGAGGCGCAGCUCCGCGCCUUCCUCCGGCGGCACCACACGCCCCUCCUCGCAGAGGCGUCGCACACUGCGAGGGCGGCUCACACUGCUGUGGCUCAUUCGCAGUCCUGCCUGCUUUGCGAUCAGGCGGCGCACACUGCGCGGGUGGGCGCGGCCCUCUUCGGCUGGAUCGACGCGAACAGGCACCGGCACCACCUGCCAGUCUCCGCACGGAUCCCCGCCCUCGCGGCCGACCACGCCAACCUCCACUACGCAUUCUGCCAAGCAGGCGCCUACCACGGCGAGCUCUACGCGCCGGUGAUGCAGUGGGCCCGCUCGGUCGCCGCCGGCUCGCUGCCGCCGACGCUCCGGUCCGAGGAGCCUCCGCUCGACAACCUGGGCCCUGUGGUGCGGCUGGUCGGCAGCACGCUCGAGCCGCUCGCGCUUCGCUCCGCGGCGGACGUGCUGUUGUGCGUGCACGCGCCGUGGGACGAGGUGGACGUGCUGCCCGAGCUCGAGGUGUUCGCCCGCCUCUGGGCGCACGAGCGGCGCGUGCGGGUCGCAUCGAUCGACGUGUCUCGCAAUGACUUGCCGCGCCGCCUCCGCCUCGAGCGCACGCCCGCCCUCCUCUUCUUCCGCGGCGACGAGCCCGCGUCGGCGGCUCCGCGAGACUUCUCCGCCGUCGCGUCGCGCGACGCCCUGAUGGAGCACGUGCUCGAGCACACCUCGAUCAAGGGCCUCGAGCGACCCGUCGACACCGAGCAGCUGCGCGAGCUUGUCGGUGCGUUGCCGAGGCUCGCGGCCGACGCGCAGCGGUUGCUGCAGGAGAACGAGCGCCUCUCCGCGGAGCUGGACAAGGCCAGGGCGCGCCUCGACGCGCACGCGGGUGGCCCCUCGGCGGGCUCCUAGAGCCAUCUAUGGGGGGUCUGGGGAGCGUUCAAACGGCGAGGCAGUCGUCGGCGCAUGAGACUGAGCAGGCGCCCGUGCGCCGCCGCCAAGUCUCGCCGUCGGCGUUCCUGGACCUUGAGGACACCCGUCCCGCUCCCCGGGGAGCGUGGAGCGCGCGCAGCCCGCAGCGCGCAGGGAGCAUCGAGCAAGCAGCCGCAUUGUGAUUUGUGUCAGUCGACAGUCCGGAGUCCCAGUGAACUCUUUCAACAAUUUCUUGGGAUC